CUCUUUUAAAUAAAGUUAGGAAAUGUUGAAUUAAAUAUGGCUGCUACAACAACGGGAUGUGAGCAUUAUGUUCGUCACUGUUUGCUAAAAGCGCCGUGCUGUGGCAAGUUCUACGUGUGCAGGCUCUGUCACGAUGCCGAGGAGAAUCACAAGAUGGACCGAUUUGAGGUGAAGGAGGUGAAGUGCGCGGUGUGUAACGCCGUCCAGGAGUCGCAGCACGCGUGUGUGGCGUGCGGCGCGACGUUUGGGGAGUAUUACUGCGACAUCUGUCACCUGUUCGAUAAGGACAAGGCGCAGUAUCACUGCCAACCCUGCGGCAUCUGCAGGAUUGGUCCUAAAGAGAAGUAUUUCCACUGUUUGAAGUGCAAUCUAUGUUUAGCCAGUGAUCUUCAGGGAAACCAUAAGUGUGUGGAGAAUGUGUCCCGACAGAACUGUCCCGUCUGUAUGGAGGACAUCCACACGUCCAGGAUCGGAGCACAUGUCCUGCCAUGUGGCCACCUACUGCACAAGACUUGCUUUGAGGACAUGUGUAAAAGAGGUGCGUAUCGCUGUCCUUUGUGCAUGCAGUCUGUGGGGAACAUGGAGGAAUUCUGGGAGAUGAGGGACAUAGAGAUUUCCCAGACACCCAUGCCUCUGGAGUACCAACAUACUACUGUCAAGAUCCUGUGUAAUGACUGCCAGGCCCACUGCGUUGUGCGCUUCCACGUUCUUGGGCUAAAGUGCAGCAGCUGUGGCUCCUACAACACAGUGCAGGAAGGAGGGCUGAUCUCACCCCCAGACCCUACACCUCCGUCGCCACAGCCACACCACCACCAUGAGCCGCAGGAGCCUGGAGAGUCUGAGGCUGACACACAGUGACCUGCAAGACCUCAGACCCUGCUCCCUCCUGCUCUGCCCACUUUGCUCUGCAGAGUGAGCUCCUGUCUGCUGCUUCUCAUUUGACUGCAGGCUGGUCUGUGGCUGAUGGGGCUUUGCAUUGUCAGACAGCAUCUCCCCCUCUUUGGCUGGGCCUCACCUGUCCAGUCCUUUACAGACCUGCAUUGUGGCCGGUGCUGUUGAACCGUCUGAGCUGGGCUUCUUCCAGGAUCAGAAAUGUGAAUCAGGGCACUGGUAGCAAAUGAACAUGUCCCAAUUCACAUUUCUCUUACUAUCUGUAACAUCACUCCAUCUGCAGAGAGAACUGUGUGUGAGAUGAAUCCCUUUUAUAGGUGAUGAUUUAAACUAAUAGAUUUCAAUAAAACUUAUUAUGGGGAAA